CCCAGUGCUAUUUACGUCAUGGCCUUCAAAUUCCUGGCUGUUCUUUGCCAAACAACACCACAAAGAUGAAGUCGCCAGCCAAGCCAGCCUUCUUGACGUCCAAUCGAGGCCACGGGACGGCAAAGUCUUGGGACGUUCAUUCCUUGAUUUUUGCCUGUCUCUCGACUAUGGCGCAUUCCACAAAAGCAUGGCCCUCGCGGCUGCUGUCUUUGCCCAUCGAGCGUUGGGCAUUUCCCAAAAACAGCCCGAAAUGAUCACAUCGAACCGGUGUUUUUUCGUUGCAUCAUCGUGUCUUGGAUGGUUCAGUUGAAAUCCCUGCGACUGUUGGACUCCCACGUUUGGAUUGAGCAAAAUGCCAAAACCUCUUUCAUCCCCUAUUUGGCUCAUCUUGGCCGUCGUCCUUCUUCACCACGCCAGCGCGUCCCCGCCAUCCCCCGCCACCCAGCGAGACGUGCAGGUUGUCACCGUGACGGCAGCACCCACUAUACCCUCCGACGCUCCAGAGUACGUCUCGCGCGACCAGUUCACGUCGGCCGUGCUCAACAGCACCAACGCCUACCGCCGCGACUACGGCGCCGCCAACGUGACGUGGAACGACACGCUCGCGCGCUUCGCCGACGACUACCUCACCAAGGAGGUGACGGACAAGUGCGAGUUUGAGCAUUCGGGCGGCCCCUACGGCGAGAACCUCGCCAUCGGCUACCCCUCAGCGCGCUCCGCCGUCGAGGGCUGGGGCGACGAGCGCGAGCGCUACGACUUCGAAAAGGCCGACUUCAGCGAGGAGACGGGCCACUUCACGCAGCUCGUCUGGCGCAACACGAGCGACGUCGGCUGCGGGAGGCGGCUGUGCGGCACCAAGGGCUGGUACCUCGUCUGCGAGUACUGGCCCCGCGGCAACGUCAUCGGCGAGUUCAAGGACAUGGUUGCGAGCCCCGUCGAGGGCGCGUCUUGGAGGGGAGGCGCGGCCGCGUCGACGUGUAGGCUGUCCUUUGUCUUUGGAGGCGCGGCCCUGGUGGCCGUGGUCGUUUUCUAAUAUUGUUGCUCUUUAUCAAUUACAGCAGCGCCGACGACCUGUCGAGGUCUCACAAUAAUGCCCAAUCUCAGCGAUCAUUUCCUCUUUGUGCGCUAUAUAUGCUCCGCUAUCCAGGUCUCAAGAUCUCGCCACCUCCAGGGAUCUCCUCAACGGUAAAGAAGCCCUCCACUGGCGCAGAUGGUCUGCCCAGUGAUCCACGACGCAGCCGGGCUGGCCAGCCAUGCCACCGUGGUGGCGACCUCCUCGACAGUGCCGAAUCGAUUCUGCAGCAGUGUUUGAGCCAGCAAAUCCGCCAAAAGCCCCCCGGGCUGAGCCUGCGACAUGCGGGUGUCUAUCGGGCCGAGGCUGACGGCGUUGGCCGUCGUCCCGUGCUCGCCGAGCUCCGUCGCCCAAGCCCUGGUCGCGGCCUCGAGCCCGCCCUUGCAGGCGCCGUACGCCGACAAGCCUGGGAGGCCGGCGCGGGACGCGAUGGACGAUAUGCUGAUUAUGCGCCCGCGCCCGCCCGGGCGGUGGAUAUAGGGCAGCAACGCGUGCACGAGCGCCACGGGCCCGCGCAGGUUAACGCUGUAAACGCCGUCGAAGAACUCGGGCGUCGUGUCGGCCACGGGCACGUUGGGCGCGACGGCGGCGUUGUUUACCAGAAUGUCAAGCCCGAAGCCGCCCGAGUCAGACCAGGUAAUCUCCCGCGCGAGCUCCGCCACCAUCUGUGCCGGGCCGUCGGGCGCGCCCACAUCCCCUCGGAGGCCGUAGGCUCUGGGCUU